CUUUGCCGCCUCUGCCUGCGAUGGGUUCUCCUCUUCCUGUCGCGCCGUCACGCCGCCGCCGACGAGCUCCCGCGGCGAGGCGAGGCGGCGCAGCGCUCGGAACCCCUAAACCCUAACCCCGGCCUGUCCAGUGGUUCCCCAGUCUUCGGUCCCUUCCGCGAUGGAGGAGCCUGCGCUCGCGCCGCCCGCGGCGCCUCCUGGCUCCCUCGCCGCCGCCCCCCCUGCCCCCGGUGUCCUCUCUCGCCGGAGAGCCCAUCUCGACAGCGCCUCCUACCGCGCGCUCUCCCGGCUCUUCUCGCACUGCCUCCACCUGCACCCUUCGCUGCGCACGGAAGGCGAGCCUGCCGCCGCCGCCGUCCCCCUCGGCGACUCCGGCGGGCUCCCGCAUGGGGGUUCGCCGCCGCCGCCGCCUAAAGACGCGGGGUUCGACCCGGGUACUAAUAUAGAGGUGGAGGCGGCUCUUGGGAAACCUACGCCCCAUGAGACGCCUUUGAUGUCCGGGUUCCCGGAUGGCGCCGCGAAUUCUACCACCGAUCCGGGGGUGGUGCCGCACGGCACGCCGGAGAGUGGAGUCCAAGGGGUUGAGCGGGUGGAGAGUGUGGAAGAGUUAGUUCUAACAGGAAGUACCUCCGCGAAGGCUGGUGACGGUGGCGAGGAGUUGGGGGCUGGAGCUACACUGAUGGGGGAAGACGAUGCCUUGCGGUCGAUGCAGGCUUGCUUAGACGGCGAGGAUAAUGAAUUGGUGAAUGAAAUGAUGGGUAAUGAUGAUGAUCUGUUGCAACUCGAUGCGAUGAUGACCAAUUUUUCAGGGUUGAUUGAUGAUGCCAGUGAUGCCAAUGCCGGCAUAAGCUCAGCACCGAGCUGUGGAGUAACUGGAGGCAAGCUUCAGAGUGAUAGCAGAGUAGCUGAGGAGGUGAAAGAAUUGGGAGCUGGGAUUGGCAAUGACAGAUACCAGGUGAAAGAAUCGGGAGAUGGGAUUGGCAACGACACGUCUCUGAUCAGUUCAGACCAUGUGUCAAUAGAUGGCGGUGAUCUAGAUGGUGGUGAUUUUGAGGAAGGAGAGAUUGAGGAUGAUAUGCAAAAUUUAGAUGUAGAUGAUUCUGGCAAUUCAGAACUUGAAGAUAAAGAUGCAAAAGGUGAGGAAUUGAAAGAGGAUUUUGUUAGUAGAAAGAUGGGGGAGAAUGGAUCAUGCAGCUAUGAUGUAAGGAGUCACAAUUUGCAUUUGAUACCUCAAAAAGGAGAUGUCAACUUUGUGAUGAACACGCAAUGUAAUAGCAAGGAUGAUUCCCAAAUGCAUGGUGCCAGGGCACAAGCAGUCAGUUAUGAUGAAGUUGUGGAUUGGAAUGAGACACCUUUGCCUGAUGAUAAGGCUCCCAAACAUGGGAACAAGAGAAAGCGCCUGUUGACAGAGGAGAGAAAAGCUAAAAAGACGAAAAAUAAACGAAUUAAAAGAGCACUGCAACGGGAAGCUGAAGGUGUGAAAAGACUGAAACUUCAACCAGUUAUAAAGCCUAAGGUGGUGCAGGAUUGCCGCUUCUACUUGCUUGGGAAGUGCCAGCAGGGAAAUAUGUGCAAGUUCUCCCACGAUACGACACCUUUGACAAAAUCCAAGCCCUGUACGCAUUUUGCACGCGGAUCUUGUUUGAAAGGAGAUGAUUGUCCUUAUGAUCAUGAGUUGUCAAAGUACCCUUGCCACAAUUUUAUAGAAAAUGGAAUGUGCAUCAGAGGUGAUAAAUGCAAAUUUUCUCAUGUGAUAACUACUGCAGAAGGUCCCUUAACACCAGAUGCAAAGAAAUCUAAUGCGUCAUCAGUGCCUGAAAAAGUAAACUACCGAGACCAAACAAGUAGUCAGAAAACUUCGACAGUGUACAGUGGUGAACCUUCUGCUCCUACCGAACAUCGUUCCAUCCUUAAAAAUCUUGCUGGCAUCUCAGGAAAUGCUCAAAAGGCACCUGGUCGUAUCCCAAAGGGUAUACAGUUUCUUCAUUUCAAUAAAGCCAGUUCAGAUUCUCACAUUCUGUAUCAGGAUGUUCUGUCCACUGAGAAGCAUAAGAAUCCAAUUGGUGGUCAACAUCAGAACUUUGGAAAACCUCUACCUGCAGAAGGAGAAAAAAUUGCCAAGCACAAUGGACUUAGAUCAGCUCCCCUGUUGGAUGAGAACAGCUCAUCAAAACAAGCUAAUCUACAUGCGUGUUCAGAGCCAAAGAAAAAUAGUUUGCCUACCACUGCUUCAGUGCCCAGCUUAGCAAGCACUGAGAAUGAAGUUUCAGAGGCGUCUAGGAUUUUGCAGGAAUUCUUGUUCAGUCCUGGCAAAUAGAGUGAAGUAUGAAACUACUACUAUACCUUUGAUACCCUGUAGACUACACAUGUGCAUUGGUAGUUCAAUAAAUGUUCCUUUGAUUUUGCAGCAUACUUGGAUGAUGUUCAGUGAUGAACCUAGGCCCAUGAGAUUAUGCAGCAUUUUUUGAUAUUCUGCGCACCAGUUUUAUUGUUGUAACUGCAUCUUGCAACUGCUGUUUUGAUAGAAUUUGGGACAAAGAUUUACUGUCAGAUUUUGAAGAUUAGCUGCUGUCAAAUGAAUGUACCUCAGUUCAAUCCACAGGUUAGUUCCAUUGAGUGGAUGGUUCUGAGUUGUAGGCUUAAUGUUGCAGUAAAUAUGCCCCUUGAGUCAGUAAUCUGUAAUUUCAUGAAAAAGUUGAUAUGAUUCUUUUCUUCUUGCUUUUGGCGUAGCAGGCCUCCCUUUGGGAGGCCCACAAGCUAUUAGCUCCAUGGUAAAGCGCGUCCUGGAUAAUUGGGUCAUUGUUCCUGGGCUGAGAGCCCAUGAGACACUUUUUUUGGAGGUUUAUGAGAUUUUGGUGGACUAGUUUGUUGCUUGUUCGUCUACGAAAUAGUCAACUACUUAAUCUUCUUUUACAGAGUUUAAGUAUGUUUCUUCAAUAAAGGGCCAUGGAAUUCCUAAACACCAUUUAUGACUAAGUAAAGCAAAUGAGAAUGGAGAUUUGAUGUGUCAUUCAUAUCUGUACAAGGGCUACUUUUUUGAGGGCAUCAAGUUUUUUGAGCCAAAAGCUUUACUUCAUUGCCAUGUGACGAUGGCAGCUAGAAGAUUGCCGUUUUAGUCGUCGAACAACAUGAUUUUGGGUUACAAGUGUGCCAGAACCAUGGGUCCUUCACAGGACACCAGCGUCAGCCUGGUUGUUCAAGCUUACAUGCACGUAGCGCUCUGGAAUCUGGAUUUCCGUCCUAUCUCUUGGUUCAGAAUUGCUCGUGAAAAACUGAAGACUAUCUUUGGUGCCGUGGGUCACAUGUGCAGAAGAUAAGGCCCCAGGUAUGAGCUGGAACGUGUGAUUGUUGUUUGCUACUACAUCGCAAGCUUUGCUUGGAUCUGUCCCUGCCUACCUAGCUGCUGUCAAAAUCUCCGGCUGGUGUUGUUGCAUCGGUUCAGAAUUACGCUUCACAUGAUCCCCUGGGAGGGCUCACAUGGCGUUUCAUCACUUGGUGCCUUCCAUACAAAGGAAUCACCUGAACUACAUGUCCCUCUCCACUGCUGCCAUCACAUGCCCAAGUGACAGUGACUGUCUAUCUCACUAAACAGUCCAUCUUUUACUCAUGUUACUUUUACCACGUAUGUGAGCCGUGCCUGCGUUGUUGGUUUGUUAUCUCGGUGGUCAGUUACUGGAAUAUUUGUGUCACUGGUGAAAGCAACUGACUAGAAAAGACCUGAACGACCUGUAUGCGUUGGAGAUGGAUAAGUUCCAUGGCAUGUCAACUCAGGUGAAAACGGAAGCCCCAAAGGAGUGGACGGUAGCUACUUGGUCGCUUUCCUUGGUAUUAUGAUUGUGUCUGCGUUGGAGAUAAAGGAAUUCCUUUUCUGUUUUUUUUCCCUUUUUUCUGAACUUGAGGGGAUGUUAAGCUUAAGUAUUUAUUUACUUGGCCCAAACUAUAGAGCUAGGUUGAAUAGAAAAAUGAUGAUUAAAUUUUACAAAACCAUGCUUGCUACGAGAGGCGGAGCUCCAACAAAAUGAUGAGAAGUGCUACUUAUUUGUAUUUUUUCUUUCAGUUGAGUCCAGGUUGUGGGUAACUGAGUUUGGAUUGAGUGUGGUGUAUAUAUGAUAAAAAUAGAUAAACUUUAGCUAAAUUUUUUUUUUUUUGGACCGGGCCCCUAGGAACCCCCACCUAACGCAGCUCUGUCCUGGUGUUCUACGAUUGAACUUUUGUAAAACUAUGUAUUUCAGAAUUAAGACCG